AUUUGUCGGAUUGCAGAAGCCGAGGAGCGGUCCGGCGGGAAGGCGCGCGGCGGAAAACUUGCGCGUCGUGCGCGCUCCUUCAAGGAGGACUUCCUGGAGAAGCUCUCCCACAUGCGUUCUCCUGGUAGCGGGAGCGGCGGCGGCGGUAGCGGGGCGGCGACGCGGGCCGCGUCGCCCUCGUCGCCGCGGACGCCGAGGGAUAAGAGUGCGCCCGGCUGCACCGACGCCGCCAACACUCUCGAUAAGAACCCCCUUCGCGACCUGCAUAUCCACGUGCGACAGGUGCAGCUGGCACUGCUCCACUUCAGGGACGUCGUGUCGAAGAAGAAGCUCGAGAUGCUGCCCGGCAACGGCACCAUCGUCCUCGACACCGUCACCACCAUACACACCGUGCUCAAGUCCUAUCUCCUGUACGAGAACAGCUCCACUUUGGGAUCAGCGACGAACCAGGUGUAUCAGGCCCUAGCGCAAUUACUGAAGCUCUGCGACGACGUGCUGCUGCACGGUGACCAGUCCUCUGCCUUGGACACUGAGAACGUGACACACAUCAUAGGAUUAGUCGAGGAAGCUGUGAAAAACCUUGUCGCUCUGGCGAACGAGAAGAUCGCCAACAGACAGAAACCUGCCGCCGUCACAACUAGUAAUAGAACGUCGGGUUAUGGAUCGGAAUUGACGCCACAAAGAAAUUCUUUACCCGAUAUCCCGCUAACCCCGAGGGAAAGGCAGAUUUUAGAGCAGACCGCUGCGACUACUAGUCUGGUCCGUAGUUCGCAUAGUUCAGAGUCGAUUUUAAGGGAUUCUAGUCCACCCCCAAAACCACCACUCCCCGAGAGAACUAAUGUGUGUCUGUCGGAGGAAAAUAGUUCUUCCGGCACGCCGCCACCGUUGCCACCGAAACGGAGAACGAGGGCUCAGCAGUUGCUCGACGAGUCCGAGGGUCUUUUAGCAUCUAGUCUUGACGGUGUUUCCCUACGAAGUCGAUCUCCAGAGGAUUCGUCGUCUCUUCUAAGCGCGUCGGCUGGCAGUUUGGAUUCGGCCCUGAAUCAUUCUCGGGACGAGGAUGAGAUACGGGCAAUCAUGGGACCAAACGACGAGUCUCUGAACGACAGUAUGGAUCUCAGCCUCAUGGCUACUAUUCAGGGCAUGCAAGUUAAUGGUAGUUCAAACUGUAGUUGCUGGGAUGGUUCCGAAACAAACAUACCGAGCACCAUGUUGUUGGGUCAACAAACUCCACAAGAAAUGCUUAAUCCAUUCACCGGUAUAGAAGGAAAAAUGGAACGAUUAUCGACCCAAACUCAAGAAUCCGGUUUCAUAUCCAUGCAUUCACAACGAAGCUCGUCUCAGAGUUAUACUACUUCCAGUAUAACGUCCAAAAGAUCGUCCCAGCAGAGCAGCAUUAGUUAUAAUUCCCAAACGUUCAACUCUCAACAAUCGUUUUCGCAAACGAAACUGUCUUCGGACAGUAACGGGUCUAUCUUCACUCAGAAGACAAUGACUAGUUCAAAGAGUACCGUUAGCACAACAAAUAUGUCUGGAAGUGGAGAUCCUGCGAUAUUAGAAAAAUUGGUAAAUGAGAUGGAAUCGAUUUCUGCAUCCGACGCUAAUGGUAUGCCACCGGCGUUACCAGAAAAACGGUCGAAACGAAGAAAAGAACGUCAGCCAUCACAGUACGACAAUGUACCUGAAAACGAGCAUUUAUCAACCUGUAGUUUACACACUAAUAAUGGCGAUAGUCCAGAUGCCAGUAAACCCCCUCCACUCCCUCUUAAGAAAAGACAUAUGUUCCAAUCAGUGGCAUAUUCUGUUAUGGCAUACAUGGAGAUGUUUGGAAACUGUUCUCACAGUAACAAUGACUUCAUCUCUGGUCUUGGGACCCGUCAUUCAGUGGCAGCUUAUAAUUCAAUGCAAGCAGAAUGGCAACAACAUGAAAUGGCCCUUACUACAACACAAUCAUGUUCUUUCAUGGCACAUACUAUGACCACAUUGCACGAUAGUUCAAAUACCUCCAUAACUAUGACACCAUCGAUAACAGAAGUAACAAAUAAUUCUAGUCUCCCACCAGCAUUGCCACCAAAGAGAUCUCGUUCCAUUAAAUCAAAUGCAACGCCUCCGCCGAUUUCACCAAAACCAACCAUUAGCAUGCAAAGUAUACAUACAAUCGAACCAAUUGUAACAUCAACUCCAGUAAAGGUAGAAGAAUCUAGUUGCAUUCAUGAUAAAAAAGAGCUGACACCAUCGACUCCAGUAAAAUUGAAUAACGUUGCUUUAGAUACGAUAUUGCCACCUUCAAGGCCUGCUAGCAAUGCUUUAUCAUCGAUAUCAGUCGAUGAUAAUACUUUGGAAUUGAGAGAUGUCGAUCAAGACGAUAGCAUUUUGGAUGAACUGGAUAUCAGCAAGUACUUGGUUUUCAAAAAGCCAGAUGAAGAAGGGCCAGACAUAAGGGGUGGUCAUCCUGAUGCAUUGUUAAUUCAUGCAACCAAAGCUAAUAAACAUGAUGAGAAGGAAUCAGACUUUUUGUAUCAAGAAGCAUUUUUAACGACAUAUAGAACUUUCAUGCAACCACUCGAAUUAAUUCAAAAAUUGCAUAAACGUCAUCAGCGAUUUUCUUGUUCUGCUGACGUUGUUAAACAAAGAGCAGCUCGUGAAGCGUUUUCCCUAUUAGUUAGAGUCGUUAGUGAUUUAACCAUGUCAGAUCUCGAUGAUACUCUUUUACAAACCCUAAUGGAGUUCGUGCAACAAUUAGUGUGUAGCGGUGAUCUUACUAUGGCAAAAGCUCUACGUGUUAAAAUUUUAGAAAAACAUGCUGCAAAACAAUUACAAUCUGCACAACCAAUUCUUUCUUCGUUAAGCGUAACGACAAAGCAAGCUUCCCUUCUCGAUUUUAAGAGUGAACAAAUUGCGGAACAAAUGACACUAUUAGACGCUGAUUUGUUCAUGAAAAUCGAGAUACCUGAAGUACUAAUUUGGGCUCAAGAACAAAAUGAAGAACGAAGUCCAAACCUAACUAGAUUCACGGAGCACUUUAACAAAAUGUCGUAUUGGGCCAGAUCAAGAAUAUUGGAACAUAGAUUAGAGAAUGAAGCGAAGGACAGAGAAAAAUACGUCGUUAAAUUCAUUAAAAUAAUGAAGCACCUUAGAAAAAUAAAUAAUUUUAAUAGCUACUUAGCCUUGCUUUCUGCAUUAGAUAGCGCGCCCAUUAGAAGGCUCGAAUGGCAGAAACAUAUUACGGAAGGCUUAAAAGAAUAUUGUGCUCUUAUUGAUAGUUCUAGUAGCUUUAGAGCUUACAGGCAAGCUCUAGCAGAAACACAACCGCCAUGUAUUCCUUACAUUGGGCUUGUGCUACAAGAUCUUACAUUCGUACAUAUUGGAAAUAGUGAUCUGUUACCAGAUGGCACUAUAAACUUUUCAAAAAGAUGGCAACAGUUUAAUAUCGUUGAAAAUAUGAAAAGGUUCAAAAAAGGGACAUAUUCAUUCAAAAAGCACGAACGUAUAAUAACGUUCUUCAACAAUUUCAGCGAUUUCCUCUGUGAGGAGGCUAUGUGGCAGAUUUCAGAAAGCAUCAAACCGCGUGGUGGAAAAAAAGCACAGUCGCAAAACUAGAAUAUAUCUAACCCUUUCACUGCCUGUGUCUCAAAAUCGAAAGGCUGAACCAGUGAAUUAGAACAUUUAUAUUUAUGAUAUUUAGGUAAAUUUGCUUAAUUAUGAGCCGAACAAACAUGA